GGUAGUUUCCUUUGCCCGGUUCCAAGAUGGCGCUCAUGGCCACUCGGGAAAUGCAACGUGAAGCCGAAGCUUUGCCAUUAACCAAGAUGGCUGCCCCCAUCAAGAUGACCGGGGUGUGCCGGGGGGAAAGGGACCGCAGGAUGGUCUGAGAUGGACUAGCAUUCGAUCAUGUGGAAGUUUCUGAGACUGGGGAGCCUGAUGAUGGGGGGUGGGGCCCGUGGGGGGUAGAGGAAGCCAGAAUCCUUUCCCAGGCUAACCCGGGCCCCUCCCUGUCCUCUGGACUAAAAUGGGUAAUACUUUGGGCCUGGCACCGAUGGGGAGUAUGCCCCGCCGAAGCCCCCGCCGAGAGGAACCUCUACCCAACCCUGGGAGCUUCGAUGAGCUGCACCGGCUAUGCAAAGAUGUAUUCCCAGCACAGAUGGAGGGAGUGAAGCUCGUUGUCAACAAGGUUCUGAGCAGCCAUUUCCAGGUGGCUCACACUGUGCACAUGAGUGCCCUGGGCUUGCCUGGCUAUCACCUUCAUGCAGCCUAUGCAGGGGAUUGGCAGCUCAGCCCCACAGAGGUGUUCCCCACUGUGGUAGGGGAUAUGGACAGCAGUGGAAGUCUCAACGCCCAGGUCCUACUUCUGUUGGCAGAGCGGCUCCGAGCUAAGGCUGUCUUCCAGACACAACAGGCCAAAUUCCUGACAUGGCAGUUUGAUGGCGAGUAUCGAGGAGAUGACUACACAGCCACUCUGACCCUAGGAAAUCCUGACCUGAUUGGGGAAUCGGUGAUCAUGGUCGCUCACUUUCUGCAGAGCCUCACUCAUCGACUGGUGCUAGGAGGAGAGCUAGUUUAUCACCGGAGGCCGGGUGAAGAGGGGGCCAUCUUGACUCUGGCUGGGAAGUACUCGGCUGUACACUGGGUUGCUACAUUGAAUGUAGGAUCUGGCGGGGCCCAUGCAAGCUAUUACCACAGGGCAAAUGAACAGGUUCAGGUUGGAGUGGAGUUUGAGGCAAACACAAGGCUACAAGACACAACCUUCUCCUUUGGUUACCACCUGACUUUGCCCCAGGCCAACAUGGUGUUUAGAGGCUUGGUGGAUAGUAACUGGUGUGUAGGUGCUGUGCUGGAGAAGAAGAUGCCCCCGCUGCCCGUCACCUUGGCCCUUGGAGCCUUCCUUAAUCAUUGGCGCAACAGAUUCCAUUGUGGCUUCAGCAUCACUGUGGGCUGAGGUUGUCCCAGAGCCAGCCCCCACAGCUGGAACCUGAGUCAGGUGUCCUAGGGCCAGAGACUAGGCUCCUCUUCAGAGCCCACCUCGAUGGGUGACCUCUAGGUCCUAGGAGCAGAGUGGGGAACAGGACCAUACCCUUCUCAAAAUUGGCGCUGCCACUGGGUCAGCUGAUAAGGCAGUGGUUUGAGGCUCCCACUUCUGCCACCAGCCCCAGUAUCAUCUUCCCCACGCUCUUGUUGCUCUGGACUAAGGGAGAAGGAUUAAGGAAUAUGUCUGGUUGAACUCCCCCCUUCAUUUCCAUCUUUGUUUUCCUCUGGAUUAAAGCCCCUAGCUCCUUCCUCUCCAGAGCAGAAAAGACUGCAUGGGAUUAGCUUCCCCAUCCUGUUUUCCCAUCCCAGAGUCUCCCAAGGCUGAGAAAGUAGGGCUGAAGGGCUAAAUUUGGGGCAUUGAAAAGUGGGACCUACCCAUUCCCAGAAGUUUUACCUCUUAGCCUGAGGCUUCUUCUUCUUCAUCUUUUAUGCAUCCAAAGGACAACCUUACCCCCAUGGUCACCCCUGAGUACCCCAAUGAUCGCAUGAAGAGGCAUUUAUUCCUUUAGUCUUUCAUUACAAUCACUGAACUCCCUUUCUCCUCGUCCUAGCAAUUUCCCCUUUCCAGUCCAGUGUGUCCCAAGUGGGCUGGGGAAGAAGGCCAGUCUGGGGCUCAGCUGCAGAUCUCCUGGAGCAGUGGCAUCAUAGCAGAUAGUCCCUGUAUGCGCUGGAGUUGGUAACAGUAUGCGUUGUUAAUACUCCGGAGUUCAACCAACAGGCCCAGCAACUUUGCAUAUAGAAACCUUUGAAGGAAGUAGUGGGGUUACCAGGGAAGAGGAAGGAAAUAAGACAGCUAGAAGUCUUGUCCUGAGGCCCUGACCCACUGAAUUAACCCUCAGUGAGGCUAAGUCUGAACUUUAGAGAAAAUCAGGCUCUGGUAUGAAAAUUUGUCAAAUGUUCAAAAGUCCCCAAAGGGGUAUCUGUCUGAUACUAUCUUCUCACAAUGCCCAGUUUUUCCUGAACUCUGAGGGCCAAGUGUGAAGGAAGCCCCAAGACCUUGCCAGAACUUCAACUGUGUAGAGUCUGAGGGUUUGGCCUUCUAGAGCAAGUUCUAGAAGAUGGGUGGGUUGUUCUGUGGUACGAAGUAUCCUCCUUCUGGCAAACUGACUUAUUGAGGAAUGAGUAAGAACAGAAGUUGCACAUACCUCAGAGCCCAGAUAGAUCCUGAAUCAGGGACACAAAACUGUGAAUGACCCUAACUCCAAGGGAAAUGAAAAAAUUCAAGGAAUUGGCCAAGUGGAGAGACGAGAAAGGGCCAAGGAACAAAAGUGAGCAAGACUCUUAAUGGUCCACUUUAGUCUGGAGAAGUUGUAGUGCUAGGUUAUAGAUGUCAUCAAUCUCAGGAAUGCUAUUAUAAGAGCCUGUGAGCUACUACUUUGCAUCUCUACUGAA